AUAUUGUGUGGCAUGUAUGACGCCGAUAGAAAAGCAGAUGGUGAGAGGCUCCUGGGGAAACGCACUCCCCCUGACCGUGUGUCCUACGUCUUUCUAUUGCUGCCAUCAUCCCUUGCUCCGACCAUAUCUUUGCUCCCAGCAUCCGCUUUCUCACAGCACAAUUAUCUUCUCGCUGCUUUCGCUCCUUGAUCCCUCUUCCAGCAGCCACCGCUUUGGCGGGUUUGCCUGGCGAUGAGUCUUAACCACCACCACCUUCCAAUUCUUCAAUGCUCUCGUUGUU